AUGGCGGACCAAAAUCCAACCGCCCAAGGUGCUACUUCGGCGUCAGCUUCGUCCGCGACUGCGACUGCGACUGCGACAAGCUCCGGGGCAACUUACAAAGCCCCGACACCGAAUCCAGCUCUCCGCAUGAUGGGAAUCCCCGGGCUACCUAAGAAGCUCCCGUCUCGGAAUUGGAUGAUAUUUUUUGCCAUUACCGGUUCCUUCUCAGCUGCUAUAAUAUACGACAAGCGUGAGAAGAAGCGCGCAACUGCUCGGUGGUCUAAAGCUGUCUCCCCCCUCGCGCGCGAGCCUAUUACAAACCCGACGCAAUUACCUCGAAAACUCACCAUCUUCCUCGAGUCUCCCCCAGGUGACGGUCUUCGCGUCGCACAGGAUCACUUUACCGAAUAUGUAAAGCCGAUAUUGGCCGCGUCGGGAUUGGACUGGGAAUUCGUACAAGGCAGGAAAGAGGGCGAUAUCAGAGCUGCGGUGGCUGAGAGGAUACGGCGGACAAGACAACCGGAAACAGAAGCUAAGACCCAGGAGGAGAUAGUGCGAGAGAUAAGAAAGAAGAAUGGGACUCCCGAAUACCAGGGUGUUCGAGGCGAUAUCGUGAUUGGGAGACAUACGUGGAAGGAGUACGUUCGGGGCAUACACGAGGGCUGGUUAGGACCUCUCACUCCGCCCGUAUUACCAGAGCCCGAAGUGAAGAAAGUUGAAGAGACGACAUCCACAGAGGGAAGUGAAGGGGAGAAGCAAGAACCGAAGCCUGAGGAGAAACCUCAAGAGAAGCCUGAAAGACCACCGCAACCACCACCACAUAACACCACGAACGACUACCCCACAUCCUCUCUCCCCAUGCUUAUCCCCGCCGAGUUUUCUCCCUCCGCGCCCAUACCAUUCCCCCACAUUCUCGGCUUUUCCAAUACCUUUAUACGUUUACGACGUUUCCUCAACCGUCGGUAUCUAGCCGACGACAUAGGCCGCGAAGUUGCAGCCGCAUGCUUCGCGACGGCGCGCGAGUACCACGAUGACGCGGACCUCACACGGUCCGAGCAGCAGACGGUCCUCGAACACGAGGAGAGGGAUUGGCCCAAGGCUGUAUGGAAAGAAGACGACAAACCCAAGGAGGGCGAGAAGGAUGUCCCCGCCGCCCCCAAGGAAAAGAUCUGGGCGAACCCUAUAGUAAUGGAUCCGCGGAUCGCGAUGCGCAUGCGUCGAUUCGAGAUCCAGCCCGAGGAGGAGGCCCGCGCCAAGGAAAUCAAGGUCCCCGAAGAGGAGAUAGAGGGUUGGAUCAAGGGCAGUCUCCGAAGUCUGUAUCGCUGGGCUAUCUCGAAACCCGAACCUAAUCCCUCGUGGCCUGACGAGUGA